AUGGCCAACAAUCUGCAUGCUCCCACUGUAUCCUCCGGAUCCACGUCCGGAGGGAUCCCCCGCGAUCUUUCCAAGCUAUCCAUGAGCGAGCUGUCGAAACACAAAGAACAGAUCGAGGAAGAACUCUCGGCUCUCAGCAGCGUCCUUAGCUCGCAUGGCGUCAACAUGAACACUUCUCUGACGACUUUCGACGGCUUUCCCCGCGACGACAUCGACGUCGCGCAAAUCCGCACCAUUCGUGCGCAGAUAAUCAGACUCCGUUACGAUCACAAAGAGGUCAUGACCUACAUUGAGAAGGGCAUUCACACCCAUUUUGCCGGUCUCCAACGCAGCUCGCCUGCCAACACAUCUACAAGCAAUACAAAUGGCUCCUUCUCUGGGCCCUCCGAAGUCAGUCCAUCAGCUGCCGGGGCGGGCGCCUUGACGCCGUUCGCGAAGGUAAAUAGUGUUGUGCCCGGAAGUCCUGCUGGCCGAGCUGGGAUGCAGGCUGGCGAUACCAUUCGAAGUUUUGGGACAGUGAACUGGCUCAACCACGAGCGUCUUUCCAAGGUGGCGGAAGUAGUCCAACAGAACGAAGGACGCACCAUCGUUGUCAAAGUCUCACGGAACGGCCCAACUCCUGGAAAUGCCUCUCAUCUGGACUUGGAACUUGUGCCACGCCGUGAUUGGGGCGGCCGUGGAUUCAAGUCCCAACCUUCAAGCUCGUCCUCGUCGGCGACGGUGGUACUGGAAAGGCAAGUUUCAUCGAACUCCCCCGGAUACCACGACAUCCCUAGUCGUUCUGUCCUCAACACCUAUCCACUAUCCGUCACUCGCCUCGUUUGCCCUUCUGUCCGGCUGUUGGCAGCGGCGUCAACAAUAAGGCAAAACUCGACCCCGCGCCGCUCGCAACCCGUCGACAAGAACACCACUUUCGUCAAGCGCCACCUUACUGGUGAAUUCGAGAAGAAGUACAUCGCUACUCUCGGUGUCGAGGUUCACCCCAUCACCUUCACCACGAACCUGGGCACAAUCCAGUUCGACGUUUGGGACACAGCUGGUCAGGAGAAGUUCGGUGGUCUGCGAGAUGGAUACUACAUCAACGGACAGUGCGGUAUCAUCAUGUUCGAUGUUACCUCCCGUAUCACCUACAAGAACGUUCCCAACUGGCACCGUGACCUCGUCCGUGUCUGCGAGAACAUCCCCAUCGUCCUCACCGGUAACAAGGUCGAUGUUAAGGAGCGCAAGGUGAAGGCCAAGACCAUUACCUUCCACCGCAAGAAGAACCUCCAGUACUACGACAUUUCCGCGAAGUCCAACUACAACUUCGAGAAGCCUUUCCUGUGGCUCGCCAGGAAGCUGGUCGGAAACGCCUCUCUGGAAUUCGUCGCCGCUCCCGCCCUUGCUCCUCCUGAGGUCCAGGUCGACGCCAACCUCAUGGCUCAGUACACCCAGGAGAUGGAAGCGGCCGCCAACCAGCCCCUGCCCGACGAGGAUGAUGCCGACCUCUAG